AUGAUGAUUUAUAGAAAAAAGGUAUCAAUGAGCAGUACAAGCCAUUUUCAAAUUAUGCCGGAGAACCUAGUGCGUGUAUUAAAGCAAUUGAAGACCUUUCAGGCUAGUAAUACCAGCCAAAAGCUGUUGAAUAUAGUUUGCGGGAAUGAGUCUGCUGAUUUGGAUAGUAUUGUAAGUACAUUGGCUUAUGCAUAUUUCAGUUAUAUUCAUGACCCUUCAAAAUAUAUACUUCCGGUAGUCAAUAUUCCAAGAGAAGACUUGAAGUUGAGAAAAGAUGUUACUUUCCUUCUAGGGUCCCAUUCCAUUUCUUCAGAUUUACUUAAUUUCAGAGAGGAUUUGGUUAAUUGGCAGAAGCAAUCCUUGUAUGAUAUUAAUUAUGUUUUAGUUGACCACAAUGAUGUUCCGGCAAUAACAAAUGACGGCCCAACCAACAUUGCAGGGAUAAUAGACCAUCACAAGGACUUAGGUUUGCAUGCAGAGUCAAUCACAAAGCUGUCUGGUCCAAGAAUUAUUCAGACUGCUGGUAGUUGUUCAACAUUAGUGUUUCAGUACUGGAACGGAAUUUUGAAACAUGAUUCCAAUUCAACUGAAAUGAUUAAAGAAAUUGUUCCAUUGCUAUUAGGCGCUCUAUUGUUAGAUACUGAUAAUAUGAAGAAUAAGGUCGAACCAGUCGAUCAAGCUGUAUUCGAGCAAUACAAAAGAAUACUUGGUUCUUCUUUCAAUACAGACUCAUUCUAUCAACAAUUACGAACAGCAAAGGAUGAUAUAAAUGGAUUGAGUAUCAACGAUAUAUUGAGGAAAGACUACAAAGAGUUUAGGUUUGCUAGUAACGUUCGUUGUGGCAUUGCUUCAGUCGUAAAGUCGUUAGAGUGGAUAAAUGAACAGUAUGGAGAGGAAAGUAUUGAAAAUGCAUGCGAGAAAUUUAUGACUGAGCACAGUCUAGAUAUUUUCAUCAUAAUGAACAGUUUCACCCGAGAUGGUACAUUCUCGAAACAAAUUGCGUUCAUAAGUGAGAAUGAUAAUCUAUUGAAUGAAUUAUUUAAAGAUUUAAUUCCAAAACUUCAACUAGAAAGCAUUCGGGACGUCUCUAAGAGGAAACUAAAAUGUUACAGACAGGGAAAUGUCAAAGCCAGUAGAAAGCAGGUCGCUCCUUACGUUCAAGAAUCAUUAGAAAAAUAUCAAUAG